UGUCUGAGUAAUUAGACUGUCUGUCUGUCGGUGCAGGUGCAUGGUUACACUUUGUCUCAUUAAAACGUCAUUUAAACUGCAAAGCGGCAGCUUACCUUCCUGUCAGCCACCUUCCCCCUCGAUAUAGUCCUCCUCUCCUCAUAUCACCGCCCGAAAGCUCUGCAUCCUCGCAACAUGGCAGAAACCCCAGAAUCCACCUCCUCUGAGGACGGCCUGCAUGUGCAGUGGAAACUUUCCAAUCAACGAAGUAGGAAGUCUGGAUGUUCCAAUAUUUUUACAGGAGUCCACCUGCACCAGCUGUACAGGCUGUUCAGAACCGCAGGAGAGAGAGAUGCUGAACACCGGGCGAAGCUGGUGUGGCGAGGGAUGGAUGCAGAUAUGGAAGAGAAGGAGGAGGAAGGGGAGGACAGAGAGGAGGAGGCAGGGCUGGCCCAGGCCCUGGUGGGGCUCCGAGUCCGAGCGAGGAAUAAAGCGGGGAUCAGAGCAGAGGGACACAGAGACCACAAGUGGCUCCGAGCAUCAGGGUAUCUCAGGUAAGUGACGGUGCCAAAAGACAGGAGGCCAGCAGAGUGUAAAAAGAUGUGAAAAUAGAUAUGUAGAUGA